AUGACCCUCCUCGAUUUCUUCCGCAGCAUCCUGCGCCGGCUGGCCGCCAUGAUCCUCUUUCCCUCCGCCUUCAAGACCAUGAACGUCUCCGUCAAGUCCCCCAACACCGAGGUCACGGUGGUCGAGACCACGGACAGUCUCCAUUCCUUGGACUCACUCAAGGACGAGAUCAUGCGUCUCUUCCGAUCUCCCUGUACCAUGCGUCGAAUGUUGUCCAUGUCCUCAGCCCUACGCAUCCAAUACAAGGCCAAACUUCAAGAGAGCGAGGCGUGCAUGCUACCCUCGUAUUGCGACACAUUACCAACGGGGAAAGAGAUGGGUACCUUUAUCGCUCUCGACGUGGGUGGCUCGACCUUCCGAGUGGCAUUGAUCGAACUUCGAGGAAGACAAAGCCGACACGGCCCUAUGGUGAUCAAGCAUAUGUUCACCAGUAAGAUUGACGAGCGAAUACGUAAACUCCCUGGGACAGAGUUCUUUGAUUGGAUGGCAAGUAGAAUACAUGCUAUGCUGGAAGAAGAGAAGGACGCAUGGUCGCCUGACCAGACACUGGCCAUGGGAUUGGCAUGGAGUUUUCCGAUCGAGCAGACAAGUCACCGGGGCGGCAAGGUUCAAGGCAUGGGCAAAGGAUUUGCUUGCCACGAAGAGACAAUUGGUAUGGACCUGGGCAAACUCAUCGAAGCCGCCUGCGCGAGGAGGAGUUUGAAGGUCCGUGUCGACGCCAUUGUCAAUGAUUCUUCUGCCACCCUCCUUUCUCAAGCCUAUCUUGAUCCCGCUACGUCCAUGGGGCUUAUCUUGGGGACUGGCACCAACGCCGCAGCGUACCUGCCAACGUCCUGCAUGGGAAAGUCCAAGUUCGGGGUUCGCGAUCAUUCAUGGUUCGACAAGGCCGAGCGGGUCAUCACGAAUACAGAGGUGUCGAUGUUCGGCAAGUCGAUUCUACCAGAGACGCGGUGGGACGAAGUUCUGAACCAGCAGCAUGUGAGGCCGGACUUUCAGCCUCUCGAGUACAUGACUACCGGUCGCUACUUGGGAGAGCUGUUAAGAUUGAUCAUUAUUGAGGGAGUUGCAACCGGAGAGCUAUUCAACGGCGUCAUGCCCAAUGUGUUACGUGAGUGCUAUUCUUUGGACACCGAGAUAAUGGCCAAGCUUGAGCUGGACCAGACGAAGAGUAUGAGAAGCUCUAUCGCGAUGAUUAAAAAGGCUUUCGGGUUGAAAAAGAGUCCGACGGUGAAAGAGGUCUCAUUCCUCCGAGAUGCGGCCGAAUCCAUCUCCUAUCGAGCAUCUGCCUACAUCGCCGUUGCCGUCCACGCGCUCUGGGCUUUGCAGAAAGACACCGAUAUCAACCCCACUACCCCAAAUGGAACUCCCAAAACGUCGAUUGCGUGCAACGGCAGUGUUAUUUUGAAAUAUCCCGGCUUCAAAGAUCGAUGUGAGGAUUUGAUUAGACAAAUGAUCUCCACCGGGUCAUCAGCUGGAGGGGGCUUUUGUCCAGAAAAGGUGGUCCUUGAACCGACUCAUGAAGCUGUUGUUUUUGGGGCGGCUGUUGCUGUGGCGCUUGCCGACGCGCCCUGA